UCUUGUUCGGAGUUCUUGUUUUGGUGUCGUUGGUCGUCGUGGUGGCGGAGAGGCCGUCCACGCCGGCGAUCCGAGGGCGGAGGAUGCUGCUGGCUGGAGACGGAGGAGAGACCAGGAUGACUCUGGAGGAUUUCCGGGCUGAUGAUCCUUUCCAGGACAGCGCGAGGAGGGUGCCCAAUGGCCCUGAUCCCAUCCACAACAGGGGCGCUGGCAAGUCCGGAAGAUCGCCGGGGCGAGAGUAGGGGCGCGGAAGCUUCCGACGGUUAUGGUGGGGCAGAGAGAUGGUGCAUUGCAUUGCAUUGCAUCUCAAGAAGGAACAAACAAGAGCUACUACAAUAUAUUAUGCUGGGUCUGGAUGGAUGUUGUGGUGUAACUAGGGAGGGGGAGGGUGGCCUGGACUUGGGACUAUCUUGUUCUAAGCACUGCUAUUUAAGAAGGUUUUAAGCAUAAAAACUUUAGCUUUUUUGCGGAAACAGAGGCUGUGUUCUGGUGGUGUGGUGGGGGGGUUCAGUUUUGUAAAGUGACCAAGCUUCCCUCUCAAGCACCAAAGAUUCUUGGCAAUGGGGGCAAGAGCUGCUUUCCCUUUCUUUCUUUUUUUGGCAGAAAUGACUUUAGUCAUGUUAGUGCUCCUACUACUAUUAGCACAUUGUUUGGUUUUGAUGCC